AUGGAAUCCGUAUAUUCCCGCAUUGAUUCGGGGGAAUAUUGCGAACAGACACUGCUUUUGGCAUGGGAUGUUACAGCGCUGUUAGAAAGGGGAAAGUUCUUACCGUUGUUGUAUAAUUGGACAACGAAGAAGUUCGGAUGUUCAACCAAUGUUACUGUUUCUAGGUACGUUCAGAUUUCAAGUUGUAUUUUGGGUUGUCUUUAGGAAAAGCAAAAACAUUGCUGUGUUGACACCUGAUGGAGAAUUGAGUAUAUUGUUUGUCAAGGAUGGGAAAUUGGUGGUCAAAAGUCAGGUCAGAGGUAAGAAUGGAGAGUUUAGGAGAGGUUUAGAAGGAUUUUGAGAGGCGAUUUGUAUGUUGGAUAUAGUUUUUGAUCAAAGUUAAUUAUACCUGACAUCAAGUGUAAGAUAAGGUUGGAAAGCCGGGAAGGAAAUGUUUGAUAAGUAUGAAAAUUGACGCAGAUAUGAAGUAGGGCAUAUACUAUGAUAUUUUAAGGAAGUUGUGUCUUUUUGCUUUUGAUUUUUGGCAGUUUGGAAGCGAUAUUGUUCACGGUAUCUAUCUUCCAUGUUUGAUGGAAAAGUGGCAGAAAUUCCAGAUUGCUAUUCGUUCCUGGAAUUGGUGUUGAAAGCGUUGUUUGUAUGAGGUGUUAUCUUGUUAUUGAAACUUCUUUUUCAGUUCUUCUCGACCCAUACCCCGAGUUUCGACUGAUUGAAUUCAACAACUCCGAGUCUCUUCUUUUUGCCACUCGUUCCAACGCAAUUGUCGAUGUCUUCGAAGCCAAUGGAAUGUUUUUGUAUAAAAUUCCGCUCAGUGAAGACAACUUGGCCGGCUCUUCCUCCUCGCAGAUUGUCACACAGAUACGCAGCAUCAGCUUGGAGGACGACGCCCAUUUCAGUGAUGAUCUGUUUACCCUCCAAAUUGAUGGAACUUUCAGCGCGUUUCGGGUCGGGUAAGCGGAUUUUUGUUUUGGAUUGUUGAUUUUUAGGCGUGAUGGGUACCAUAAACUCUUCUCGAUGGCGUUAGAUGAACCUCCGGUCUGUGAUUUUGUCUACAUACCCAAAUUUCAUCUCAUAAUCAGCUCCUCGGAAUAUCAACGGAGACUUCAAAGCGAAGAAGAGAUGGACUGCACAAUGUUUGGAUUGAAUGUGUAUCGGCAUCUAAAUGAUUUUCCGUUUAUAGACUGCCUGAAGAAAGGAAGUGUGAAGGUGAGAAUUGGGGUUUUAUAUUGUUUUAGGUAUCUUUUGACGAUUUUUUGAUAGAUUGAGUAGUUUAUCUUACUUUUCUGGUGAUUUUAUUGCCAAAUAUGUCUAGCUAGGCCAGAAUUUAUGUUUGGAAGGCAGUUCGAGAGAUCUGAGACUAAAAAUUAUAUUAUCCAUGACAUUUUCAGAAGGCCUGGCAUGAAAAAAUUCCAUUUCUGUCCCAUAAACGAACAGUUAUGACCUCAAUGGAAGUCUCACCGGACCAGAAGACUCUUAUUGCUAUUUCUAGUAUUGGUGACGUCAUAUGGUUUGAUCUUCCUUCGCUUCGAAUUCGACGAUUUGCCAGUGCCGAGCAAAAUGACAUCACCGCGAGACCAAUGGAAGUCCGAUGGACUGAUGAGGACGUAAGACGAGUGAUUUUAGAGUAGAUUUCGAUGAAAGAUUGUUUUUUAGUGAUUUGAUCAGCUAAUUUGUCCUGAUGAAUAUAAUUUUUUUUCCAGGAAGUGGUAAUUUUGCACUCAAACGGCCAAAUGACCCGCGCCAAACCUGCGGAUUACUUUGACGGGACCACUGUGGACCCGCCAUUGCAUCGUUUGGACUACUGUAAACAUAUCAGAUUGGUUGAGGACAGGACUAUUUUCGCCUUGACCGAAGCCCGAACCGAUGCAAUUCCAAUAGCCAGAAAGGAGAAUAACAAGAAAAGAGUUGGUGUAGAAUUCACAUUAUUCCUCUGGUUCUACAUUGCAUUCAUCGCGAAGCUGGUCAAAGCCAUGUUUGCUUCGUUUUUUGGGGGGAAUCCGAACGAAGAAAUGAGCGAAAAGAUUGGUGUGGAACAAUCGGCUCAGCUGGCGCUGUAUGCAACGAGAAAUAUCACUCUGGCGGAUUAUAUCGAAAUUCAGGUAAGAUACGAGGCAUUGAUUAUAGUUUUGUAAUCAACGCUUUUUAUUUUAUACUUUAUUUUUGACCUAUCUUAUUUUAAGAGUUUUGUUUUAGGCAGGCUAAAAUAAUGUCCGAAAUUACAGUAAGCUUUGAAGGUAAAAUCUUGAUUUUUAAAACAGAUAGACCUUAUGAGUCAUACUUUGACUGUGUAAAGUUGUUUUUGGGUUGAAUCACUCUACCAAAAAUUAUGACCUUAUCUUAGACCAUCAAAAUUUUAAUUUUUGAAAUUUUUGAAAAAUUUGUGUUUUAGUUGGCGAAACACGAAUAUCAAGUGGCCAUAGACCUUGCCAAACAAAGUAAUGGCACCUACGAUCUAGAUUUGGUUUAUAAACGGCAGUGGAGCGACUUCAAAAAGAGCGGGGAGAAGGUUACAUUAGACCAUCUGAAGGUCCUGGUGAGUCGUAUUUUUCGAAAAAUUAAGGCGAAAUUUCUGUGAAUUGCAGCAUAAUGUCCAAGACACGGAAUGGUUGGUAAGAGAAUGUCUGCAUUUCACGAACAAGGCCACUUUGAACCAUCAUUUACUUUUGAUUCAACUCGCCAAAAGAGAGAUUGAAACCCGCGAAUUGACGGAUGAAAUAUUGAGUCAACAGGUGGACAACGCCGAAAUUGUGAUAGAAGUACUGGCACACACCCAGAAACAUGAAGAUGAAGCGUUGGAAAUUUAUUUGAGACAUCGAGAUUCCACAUUGUACACCUUCGCCUUUGCGAUGGCCGAGGAAACCGAAUUUGAAAUCCUAGAAGUUUUAUUUCAAAGGCAUAGAAAGGAGUUGAGAGGCUAUUUACUGGUGCUGUUGGCCGCAAUUCCCGAAAGCACGCAGCCAAGACUUUAUUCCAAGUUUUUGCCAGCUAUGUAAGUGAAGAAAAGAACUAGUGCAGUAUACGCAAUGAUUGGUUUUUUCGCUAUUUUUUUGAUUUGAGUUAGUUUAUUAGGGCAUAACGAGUAGGAUAUUACGAAUUGGCUAACAAGGGAAGUACCCGAAGUGCGACGCUCAGAUUUUUAUAAAAAUUGGCAUAGAUGGAGAUCAGAAUUUUCUUAUUCGAUUGCGAACAUCCUAGCUCGCGCUUUGCAGAAUCCUCCGAGAAAGAAGGGCCGGAAUAUCGAAAAAAAUCUUCAAAUGCCGACGAAUUUCCCUGCAAAUUCUCUUGAUCUUGGCAUUUCGUCCCAGGAGAAAUUCUCGCAAGAAAUUUUUUCUUGGUAAUGUUCAAGACUAUUUUGUUGCUUUCAUGUGGAAUAUGGUGGUAUCUUCACUUUUUUACACUCUGGACAGGAUUCUAGCGCUAUUAAUUGGAUUGUCGCCAUCCGAGGGGUAAAAUGUUUCGUCCUUUGACGAAUUUAUACAGUUUUUCCUCUGCUGAUGGGCAAACCACUCUAAUAGUUGCUUUAAAUUUGUUUAGGAGACAUGCAAACGUUCUGCGCUCGCGUAGGAACGUAGUCAUAAGGUAAGUGUUACAAAUAUUUUAUUUUUUCACUAUUUUUCAGUUUAUGCCAUUUCAGAAAACAAAGUAAAGGUCCCAAGGUGUUCCGUCAGUGUUCCGAUGGUGUACAUUCGCUCUUCUUGUUGAGAAUUUGCUCACUGAAAAAUAAUAAAGUUUUUGUAACACUUACUUUAAGAUUAUGUUCAUAUACGGCCGUAGAAGCAACUAUUAGAGUGGUUUGCCCAUCAGCAGAGGAAAAACUGUAUAAAUUCGUCAAAGGACGAAACAUUUUACCCCUCGGAUGGCGACAAUCCAAUUAAUAGCGCUAGAAUCAUGUCCAGAGUGUAAAAAAAUGAAAAUAACACACAAUAUUCCACAUAAAAGCAACAAAAUGGUCUUGAACAUUACCAAGAAAAAAUUUCUUGCGAGAAAAAAUAUUUUUCUCCUGGGACGAAAUGCCAAGAUCAAGAGAAUUUGCAGGGAAAUUCGGCAUUUGAAGAUUUUUUUCGAUAUUCCGGCCCUUCUUUCUCGGAGGAUUCUGCAAAGCGCGAGCUAGGAUGUUCGCAAUCGAAUAAGAAAAUUCUGAUCUCCAUCUAUGCCAUUUUUUAUAAAAAUCUGAGCGUCGCACUUCGGGUACUUCCCUUGUAAAAAAUAUGUUGUGAUGACAAAUUUAUGACGUCAUUUGGUUGUAGGUAUGUCAAGUGUAAUAUAGAGGCAAAGUUAGAUGAAAAUUGAAUGCAAAUGGGUCUAGAUGGAUGAGUAAGACGUGCUGAGUAUUUCUGUAGACGAAAUGAAGUUUUUUGAUUACUUUGACAUUUAUAGUUUUGGAUUUUUUCAAAAAUUUAUCGGAUUUUCGGACUUUUUUGCCAUUUUUUUUUUAUUUUUUUUGAAACUUCAGAGCUUAAAAUAUGUUUUAAGGUACGGAAUUUGGUGAUAUUUCCGAUUUUAGGGACCCAACAGAGUCUCCGGACCAGUUAUUUUACCUAAACACGGACGAAGAAUUCGAAGCUCCGGAAAGCCAUCGGAUCCCUCCAAAAUUCGAUGAAUACGGCGAAUUCUUAUACACGAAGGAAGCUGAUGAGGUAGAAUUGACGAAGAAGUGGUUUGAAACCAGAAUCUUCGCUAUGGACACACUCAGUGGACUACCGGAUGACAUCAUUUCUUUGGUUGAAAUCGCGAUCCAGAAUGGAUUUGAGGUAAGAAUAAGAUGAUUUAUGGCAUUUGUAGAAUGUUUAGGUGGUUUUAUAGGCCAUUGUGCUAUAUUAGAUAGAAGGUUUUUGAUUUAUAAAUAAAAUUUUUAGGAAUUUUUAUAUUAUCCAUGGUAAUUCGAAGAAAAAAUGACGAUUUUUAUGCUUGAAACUGCUUAAUUUUUUCAGGAGAUUGCCGACCUAGGCCGGGAAUUUUCCCUCUACGCGGAUUUUGUUCGAUUCACAGCAGCGGUUCAUCUAAAUUUUGCCCAAUUGAAGCAGUGGAACGUUAAGAAAGCGACGGAACAUUUGACGAAACAUGUAAGUGAAAGUUGAUUUUGCUAGUGUAGAAAUUGUCUCAGGAUAUAAUGGUGAAAAUUUAUACUAAAAUUUGUGAUUUCAGCUGAGCCGCACUGAUCUCUUGGAGAAUUUCGAACGAGUGGUAGAACUGAUCGAAUUCAUUGAUGAUGGAAGAGGAGAAAUGCAAGCAGAACUGAUGAAAUUGGUCAAAGCAAACUGUAAACAGGACUUUGCAGUAAGUUUUGGGGUUAUUUGUGUUGGACGUUGAGGUUUUAUUCGGACAUAUUACACUUGGCUGAGUCCCAACACGAAAACUUGAGGUAUUGAAAUUUCUAUUUUUUCAGUUACUGUCGGCUGUAAAAACCGUGAAACCGGAGUAUCUGACCAACGACAGUCUCAUUGAAUGCUUUUAUGAGUCAGAAGUGAGGGGCGCCGAACUAACUGACGCCAUGAAAAAGUUCAACCUGGGUCCAGGACUCAUCGAAGUCGUCCAAUUAUGCAAUCAGAUGCCGGCAACGGAAAGCCCCACCUUUGCCCAAAUCCAUUCGGCCAGCCGAGAGAAGUCGAAGGCCUUUGAAUUGUGUCAAAAAUUUAUCCAAUCAGCUGUCAAGGUGGAAAAACCAAGCGAAACGGUGAGAAAUGGGGGAGCAUGGGGAGGAACUAGGUGUUGUUAGAGAGUUUAUGGCCUUGGGUUACUGUGGAUUAGAUUAGUUUUGGGAAAAUUGAGGGAAGUCUUGAGGGGGAUUCAAAAUUUUGAAGUCCGUGAAGGAUGUUAAUGGAGUUGAUGUAUCAAAAAUCCUGGAGUUUGACAGAAUAAUCGUCCCUAAUCAUGACUGCUCAAAAUACGUUGAACAGUGUCUUUAUCGGUCGGAAAGACAAGUUGUCAAGGUAGGCUGAGAGAAGAUCGAAGUUUCUUCGAUCAACUCUCCUCAUUUACCUUGGUUUCUGGUCUGUAAAGGUCCUUGAAUGCCUCGCCGGUAUUUGCAAAUUGCAAUACAAAGCUUUCAGUCACUAAACAGAGCUCUAUAGGAAAGAUGCGUAGUAAACUCUGAGUUCCGCAUGUUAAAGUCAAAAGCAAAUAAUUACAAGCAAUUUUAUACAGUGGCGGAUCUGAGCCAGCGGCAAAACACGUACCAUUUUGCUUCCGGGAACCAUCAAAAAUGCAGCGAAAUGCCUCCAUCUACAAGUGAAAUGACUCAGAUUUCAAAAGCUCCUUUCGUGAGGGAAAAGGCGCCCUUCAAAUCGGAGUUUUUUCACUUGGAGAGGGACGCGUUUUGCUACAUUUUUUGAUACUUCCCGGAUUCAAAAUAGUACGUUUUUUGCCACUCGAUCAGGUCCGUCACUGUAUACAAGAGAUCCAAAAGAAACUUCAACAUUUUGAACCCUCCUCAAGACUUUUCGCAAAUUUCCUAUAGCUAUAGUAACCCAAAGCCAUAAACUCUCUACCAACAUCUAAGUUCCUCCCCACCACUGGAUCGGUUCCGUGAUUGUAAUAUAUAUUUUUUUGAAAUGAUCGAAGUAGUUGGAUUUUUGGGUAAAAUACGUUAUUGCCUAUUUGUAGUUGAUUUUUUGUAAAAAAUUUGUAACGAAACAGUAAUUUUUGAAAAUCUUUAAAAUUUUAUUUUUUUAGCAUCAGAAAACCGCAGACCCAACUAGAAUUGCUGAAUGGUGGCGAGAGUUGCUCUUCAGAGCCCGCAGACUUCGUUCGGCGGCAUUUGAGAAUCUCCUCCCUGAAGAUCAGAUAUUGAACUUGAUAUUGAAUGAGAUGAUCGAAUCAGCGGUCCAAGACUUGAAUCCAGAGCCGAAACCCUACCUAAGAGCACCGUUCCACUUGGUUGUGGAUUUGAAUGGCACCGCGGAGUCGGCGAAAAUGUCUUUGUUGAAACAGAGGUAAGCUUUGGGGUUGAUGUCGUGGAUAAGAUAAUUUUUUGGAAAAAUUAUAUUUUUUAUUAUAUUUUAUUGGAUAAAUAAGAAGAUAAUGAUAGGAUAAUAUCAUUAUUCUGUUUUCAGCACGUUCGAACAAAUUUUGUGCGAAAAAUCGAAGGAGUUCAUCGAAAAUGCCCAGCCGAACCUGGCCGAUCCAAAUUUAAUUCGAGCAGAUCUGGUCCUUCAGUGCUUAUUGUCGGGAAAAAGAGCUCAACGCAGAAUUUUGAAUCAACAGAAGACCCUAGAAAUGGUCCGAACCAGCAUCAAAAUGGGCAGUCAACGCCCUCCCAUCACUUUUAUUUACUGCGAUAAGCAGAUCAUCCUGACGGAAACUGUCUCUAUUGGCGAUAAUUACAAGGAAAUCAAGAGGUGCGCUGAACUAGCAAAGCAUCUGGACCUGCCAACUCCUGCGGCAACUGCCCUGGCGGCUUGUGCUGCUGCGGCAUUGGAAAAGGUGAGCAAUUAUAUUAUACUUGACAUCAGAUGAAAUUUUUUUGAAUUUUGCGAUUUUGAUAGGGUGUUUGAUGCAAAAGAAGGUUGAUAAUGAUUAAAACAGAAGAAGAGAGUAUUAUUUUCAGCGAGACCACCGAAUCCUCCGCCAAUAUGUCCGCGAAUUGGCCAAAAAAGCCCGAGACUUUCCGGUUGUGUACAAAAUGGCCAAAAAGUUGAUUGAAGACGGAGAAAUUGAAAUGGAUCAGGAGUUGCGGGCGGAUGCUAUUGCUUGUUUAAUCCAUAAUUGCCCUGAAGACGAGUUGACCAAUGUUUUUGAAGUCUUGAAGAAUGUCUCCGGACCCAAUGAAGAUAUUGAACAUGAAGAGGAUGUGGAAGAAGAAAUCGGAUUUCCGGACUUUCCAGAUCCGUCCUACAGCAGUUUUCUGUAAGUUUGAGUCAAAUUUGAUGUGCAGAUGAAAAUCGGACCAAAAUUUUGGGAUUUUUUGAAAAUAAAGUUUUCGUGGUGGGACUCAGAGUUGAUGUUUUCAGGGCCACUGAAAGGUACUUCCGCAACUUUUAUCAACAACAUUCCCAGAAAGCAAUCGCCGGAAAACACACACCCAUAGCUCUGAGCUUGCCAAAAACCUCGAUCCAGUUUGAUAUUGUACUUGGCUUGGAAGGCGAUCCACAAGCUUUGAAACGAAUUCAAAACUCCAAAGAAACACGUGAACUUUUUGAUGCUGCUCAGUUUCUUCAAAAUGAGUCUCCUUCUAUAAUACAAUGGUUGCCGUUGAAUUAUUGGCGACAAAUUGCGGCCAGAUCUUUUGGUCGUCUUCGAAGGCCGGUGAGGAAAGAAGAAUGGUCGAGUGUGGAUGGAGAGGAAGGCACUGAACUCAAAGAAGAGGUUGAUGAGAAAGCUGAAGAACUACAGAAUGCGUUAGAAAGAGUUUUGGUUACAGGUAAGAUCAUGUGUUUAUGAUUUGAGAAGAAUUUAUAUUAACCAUGACAAUUGGUGGGGUGGUUUCAAAAAAUUAUUUGUUUUGGGGGAAUGGAGUGAUAGAUAUGGAUGAAAUUGAACACAGAGAGGUCUCGAGAGAUGAUGGUACUUCUCUAUGUUUAGUUUUAAUUUUGGGCCCUUAGGGCAUUGGCAGCGGCAAUUCUUGGGUGAUGACGUAAAGUAAUGUUUUUUAGGAUGUGAUCGAGAACGUUUCUUCGAAGACCCCCAGUACCGAGAGGAUACGCUGACCGGGCUUGCUUUGUAAGUGAAAUACGAUAGUUUUUCUUUUUUGAGGUAUUUUUUUAUAUUGUACUUGUUUAGAACUACGGAUCAGGACACCAUAAAAGACGUGGAGUUGGUCGCAAAUAACUUCAGAACCCCUCUCUGGCCCAUUUAUAUGGCUUAUCUUGACUAUUUACUGACCGAUGAAGAGUAAGGAAAUUUUUGAAAAAAAAAUUUUUUUGAUUUUUUUGGUAAAAUACGAAGAAUUUUUCAAAUUGCCGUGAAAAGUCGCGAUAUUGAUCACGCUUCUGACUUCAUAAUUUCCAGAGUCAAAUUCACGGAUGCCAAGAAGCUCCUCCUCAGGCGAUCCGACAUCCAAGAAGUCCUUUUCUCUCACCCAGACGAACUCCGUCAACAUCUCCGCCAAAAGGUAGUCCCCCUGAUUGAUCCGGACGACAUUGAACGCCUUAGUUUGGUUGAAACCUACUUUCCUUAA